AUGAACUCGCCCGCUAGAGCGACUCUCGAUGCCUUCAUCGACGGUUGGCUCUCUACCAUCAACAACAACACACCAUCCAUCACAACAGCAAGUCCUGUCGCUUCCCUUCGAACCGACACAAAACUAUACCACGACAUGCCCACACCACCACCGUCCUCAACAACGCCAACUCGUCGCGACCGUACGUCACCCAAGAGAGCUCGCCACGAUGAUAUCCAAGACAACCCAUUCGACGACGACAGAACACCAGUGGCUCCCUCCCGCUUUUGCGCCAUAAACCUACCAACUCGCCCUCUAACUCAAUCAUAUGAGUUUCGAUCUGAUCAUGACUCACUCAUGAGUUAA